AUUAUCAUCAUCAAACAAAAUAAUCUUUUUUGUCUCCUGGUUCCUGGUUCAGACUUCAGGAGUCCAGGAUCAGAAAUAUUGAGAUUCUGACUCUUAAAGUCUUUUUACUUGUGAUUUUAUAAAAUAAAUCUCUUAUAAAAAUAAUAUUCAAGUAGGUAGUACGGAAUUCUUUUCAAAUUUUUAAAGACUGAAGAAAUAUGGAAGUUGACGAAGAAGAUGUUGAAGCUCCAUCAUCAAGUACUAGUAGCCGUGGAGAAAAAAAAAGAUUUGAAGUAAAGAAGUGGAAUGCUGUUGCUUUAUGGGCUUGGGACAUUGUCGUGGACAAUUGUGCCAUUUGUCGUAAUCACAUCAUGGACUUAUGUAUUGAAUGUCAAGCCAACCAAGCAUCAGCAACUAGUGAAGAAUGUACAGUUGCAUGGGGCGUGUGUAAUCAUGCUUUUCAUUUUCACUGCAUAUCUCGUUGGUUAAAAACUCGGCAAGUAUGCCCACUUGAUAAUAGAGAAUGGGAAUUCCAGAAGUAUGGUCAUUAAUUGAAAUAAAUUUGGAAUACAAGUUUAAUCUACAUUUUUUUCAUUCCUCAUAUGCGUAAUAAAAAUUGAAGUAUUAUCAAAAUCUCCCUAAAAUUAUUAUUUAUAGUAAAACAUUUAAUGCCAACAGCUAAAUUUUCUUCAUAGUUUUCAUAUCAGACUAUUUAUCUUGUAAAAUAUGAAAUUUUAUACAUUAUUUAAUAAUAAAAUUUAUAUACUAUCGAGAUAAAAA